AUGACAGCUGGUACGUCAUUGGUGUGGAUUGUGGGUUUCAAUCGACCUCCGUUCAGCGCCUCCAUGGUUGAGCACGCUAAGGUUGUGCUACCUUCCAUCUCGCAGGCCAUGGCUGGGGCGGCCACUUACAAGUGCCGCAAUCUGAAUCCGAGUUAUUCCAUCAGGUUUCAGAACGAUUCGGCUGCCCGACCAUUUUCGAGCACGCCAGAUCCAGAGGCUUUCACUAUGACGAUCCAGUGGCCAAGACGUGUCUUUGUCUUCGAUGCCGCCUUGAUGCGCCCCACAAUGUGCGGGCCAAGAACAAGCUCGUCGGCAGCUUGUGGCAGCAGGAUCUUGGCCGUAUGA